UGUGCUGAAGUCAAACAAAGAACAAACCAAUUAAUCAUCCCAUUGUUUUCUCGGGGUUUGGGAAUUUUCUCCAAGUUUAAGCUUAAUUAAUCUUUGAUCAUUCAUUCACUUCAUUUUUUUUUAGUUAAUUGAUCUCCCGCAUUAAUCUUAAUUCAUACAUAUAUAGAUACUUGUGUGUGUACAUAUGUAUAUGCCGAUAUGUUGUCAUUUCACCACGUAGCAGUAGUGCCAAUGUCUAAAUCCUCAUUUAUCAGAGCAGAGCAAUCCUGGGCUCCGGAUCUCACCGCCGACCGUACGAUUCCCGUCGGUAGCGCCGCCAUUCGCCGCCGAGACCUUGUAUUCGUUGUGAAUCCUCGAGGGGCUAAUGGAAGUACUGGUAACGAAUGGAAGAAAUUAUUGCCAUACCUAAGGUCUCGCCUUGGAAAAGAAUGUAAUAUAUGCGAGUCUAUGACUUCAGGGCCUUGCCAUGCUAUUGACAUAACAAGGGAGGCAAUACGCGAGGGUGUUGAUGCUGUGAUUGCUGUUGGGGGUGAUGGAACUCUUCACGAGGUUGUUAAUGGCUUCUUCUGGGGUGGUAAACCUGUUUCUAGUCAUGAUCUGAAGGAUGGGCAUAAAACUGCACUUGGUCUUAUCCCUUUAGGAACUGGAUCUGAUUUCGCCAGAACGCUUGACUGGAAAAAUGAUCCUCGUGAUGCUGUAGAACGCAUUGCUAAUGGUAAUUUAUGAGCUGCACUAAUUAGCCAUUGAUUUGAUUUACUACCAAAAUUUUUAAUCUUAUUUAGCCAUUGCUAAAGGUAUCUUUUGUCUUCUUCUUCUCCCUCCUCCUCCUCCUCCUCCAGUGCAAAGGCUGGUUUUUAUGCAUCAAGAUACAAGAAAUUUGGAAAUCUCUGUUAUGUCAUUGGUGCUCUGCAAGCCUUUUCUGGUCACCAAAACCAGGACUUCAAAAUCAAGGUUGAUGAUGGUGAUUGGGAAGCAUACUCCCAGGUAACAGCACUUUGUGUUGGAAAUGCAAAAUUUUUUGGUGGCGGAAUGAAGAUUACUCCAAAUGCCUACCCCUCUAGCAGGGAUUUCGAGGUGGUUAUUCUUCAGGACUUCAAAUGGUAUGACUUCAUCCUCAAAUUGCACAAGCUAUACAAUGGGACACACCUGUCAGUAAAAAAUGUAUCUUCAAGAAGAGCACGAUCGAUAGAAGUUGAAGAGAUUACCAAUAGUGGCAGCAUCUAUGUCCAGUCAGAUGGGGAACAUUUAGGGUUUCUUCCAAGGAAAUUUACCAUCUUACCUGGUGCUGUUGAGAUGAUAUGCUAAUCCCAGACCAAGAGCAUUCAUGUUUCAUUGAAAUUGAAAACAAUGGUUUUAGAUUCCCCCCACAAUCAUAGUUUGGUAAUUGGUGUCAAGCAGAAUUAACAUCACAACGAAGCAGCGUAACCAAGAAUCUGAGAUAAGGAAGUUUGGCACAUUGAAGUGGAGUAUAAGGCCGGUUCUGGUGCUUCGAAUGUAUGAGUUAGGUUGUAAGAUAACAUUUCUGCAAUGGUCGAAAGGAAAGGGGCAAAUGGAUGAAAUAAACGAGAUUCUCAGUGCUUCACUUUCUUAGUCCACUUUAAGGAAUUGAAUUGGGUAUUUCUUCUUCAUGUAGCAUCUUAUUCUAUGGGUUUCUUCAGCAAUUUUGAUUGUGAGCGGUGAAUCUUGUGAGGCAAGAAAAUAAGGUUCUGAAAUAUCUUGACAGAAUGAAUUGUGAAUUUUAUUUAGCUUUUUCUACUUAUGAAAGUGUUAAGUUGGAUUUAGAGUAGAAUAGGCCAGUCCUGAUACCUAUUAUCCGACUCUUUGAAGUUGAAUGAUUAUAUCUGUCCCUAUUCUACUGACUCUCGAAUCUGUUACACCGACCAACUUAAGGGGAAAGUUGGAACCAGUUUAGCGUAGAUCCUUUGAAAGUCAAGUGGGGGAAUGAUGUAUGUAUAUAUAUGCUGAAAAGUAAGAUUAACUGUUUAUAUACGGAUUGAAGAUGCUCGAAACAUAUAAACUCUCUACAUGUAUGGUAAUUUGGCGAGUUGGAUUAGAUGGCACUUGAUAGUAUUGAGAGAUAAGAAAUUCAAAUUUGUUUUCGUGGACAGUUUAAUGAUACAUUCCAAAUGUACAUAGUUAUUGCGCUUUGAA